AUGCUUGGCAAAAUAAAACUAGUGCUGCUACUGCUCCUGGCUCAAGCAGUGUCCGAGAAAACAGAGCAGCCCCAGCUGAGAUUCCUCACCGAACUUGUCCAACGUGCCCACAAACAACAAGCAAUUGAGACUUUGCUCAUGCUGCAGCACCAUCAAGACGAGAACUGCUCCAUCCAGGAUUGGAAUCCCGACGGUAUUCCCAUUCUACGUACCAACGAGCUGAAUCAAAUCGAAUUAAGGAAGAACUACAACCACCAGGCCUUGGCACUGGUCUGCCUACAGGAAACUUCGCAUUUAAUUCUGCUGAUGAAUGCUCUGGCCAAGACCUUCGAUCAUUUACGGUAUGGGCGAAUUAUUCUGUGGAUGCAUGGGAAUCCAACAGAGGACUUUCUAGAAGAGAUCGCCAGCCAGGUUGAGGAACAUAAAUUUACUCGAAUGCUCGUUCUGGGCUAUCAUCCAAUCGGAGGAGUUUCCAUCCAUCGUCUGAGUUCAUUUCCCAGCCCUCGCUUUGAGCGGAUUGGGAAUAUUUCGAGCAUUUUCCGUAAAUAUAAACUCAACUUCCAAGCAAAGAAGGCAAUCGUAUCGGCCAAUCUUAAAACGCCCAUUAAAUUGACCACUAAGUAUGCACCGACUGGGAGUUUCCCCAUCACCCGGAACGAGGACAGGCAGAUAAUUGAGUUUGCCCUCAAAUACAAUUUGACUCUGGUACUAGAUGCCAACAACAAUUCCAAGACAACCGAAUCGCCCUUUGAUAUUCAGUUAACUCCGCGCUUUGUGUCAAAGAACGAUCUUGUCAGCCGAACUGAAGGUGUGAAUGCCUUUUCUGUGUCCUCGCUGAUGGUUGUGGUGCCGUGCAGCAGGGAAAAAACCAUUCGAGAUGUUUUCCACAAGCUGGAUUUGCGGACCUGGUUCUAUUACAUUAUAUCCGUCUAUGUCAUAUUCGUGGUGGUGGAGUGCGUUAUUGUUGUUACAACCUACCGCAUCUCAGGUCACUCCUAUCGACUGACCGGCCUGAAUCCUUUCACAAAUAUGCGCGCAUUCCGGGCCAUCCUAGGACUGCCAUUUCCCACUGCACCUCGGGCGAGCGUCUCACUCCGCCAGCUCUUCCUGGCCAUGAGCAUAUUCGGGAUGAUCUUUAGCAACUUCUUCGGCUGCAAGUUGAGUUCCCUGCUGACGAAGCAUCCCCUGGAGCCACAGGUGGAGAACUUUGAGCAACUUCAGGGGAGUGGACUGACCGUGAUUGCAGAUACGAUCAUCCAACCCAUCAUCGAGAACGAGGUCAGUGAAGAGUUUCUCAGGCGAUAUUUGCCAAAUGUGAAGUACAUCGAUCCACUGGAGCGGGAUAGAUUGAUAAUGACUACGAACGAAAGUGCUGCUUUUAUAUUUUUUAGCGAUUAUUGGGAAAUGAUUGAUAAUGUGCAGAAGGCGAUCGGGGUGAAGACCUUGUGCGAAUCAAACAACCUAUCGAUCCUACAGAAUCUGCCGAGGAUGUUCCUGCUGCAAAAAGAUUCCAUUUAUUGGUGGCCCCUGAGCAAGUUUUUCGUAUUAUAUUACGAGUCGGGAAUAAAUUUGCAUUGGACACGCAUUUGUCCAAUUUCUCUCCGAAAGUAUUUCAAUGUCACUAUUGAACCGAUACUGAAGCCAGCAUUCGAGCCGUUGUCCUUGCAGCACCUAAUGUGGCUCGGUUGGGUCCUUGGCUGCGGCUACGGCUUGGCCACUUUGGCCUUUCUUGUGGAAAUCUACAUGGGAAAUGCGAAGAGAAAGGUUGCAAGAAAAGUUGCUCCUGCAGCUCCAGGGAACCAGGAGAUCGCUGCUUAA